GGGAUUACAAGAUAUAUUUAAUAGCGGGGUACGAAAUGCUGGUUAAACUGGAAGAAAACCGAUACCAAGAUGCAAUCUCUUUAGUUCAAAGGUAUGGAAAACCGGAUUUAUUCAUCACAAUGACAUGUAAUACGUCGUGGUAUAAGAUAGUGAAUGAAUUGGGACCAGGCGAAACUCACCAAGACAGGCCUGACCUAACAACAAGAAUCUUCAAAGCAAAACUCGAGGAAUUGAAAAAGGAUAUUUAUAAUCGCGGAGUCUUAGGUACUGUUGUAGCUCAUGUUCAUGUUGUGGAGUUCCAAAAGCGUGGUAUGCCCCAUGCUCAUAUGUUGGUGAUUCUUAGCGAUCAAGAAAAGCUGAAUAAUCCAGAUGAAUAUGAUCAGAUUGUGCGCGCAGAGAUUCCUGAUCCAAGCAUUGAACCCGAAUUAUAUGAAAUAGUGAAAAAACAUAUGAUACAUGGACCAUGUGGCAGACUGAAACCAAAUUCUCCCUGCAUGAGAAAAGAUUCCUGUAAGAAAGCAUAUCCACGUCAGUUUUCAGAACAUACGAUCCAAGAAAAUGAUUGAAUAGAAGACGCGAUAAUGGGAUCACUGUGGAGAAAGGUGGCCUUUUCUUGGAUAAUCGAUGGGUAGUACCAUAUAACCCUUGGCUCUUGAAGAAGUAUAAUUGCCACAUCAAUGUUGAAAUAUGCUCCAGUAUUAAGGCCGUGAAGUAUUUGUACAAGUAUAUAUACAAAGGACCUGACAUGAUUUCCUUUCAGAUUUGCAGACCAUUCGACAAGAAUGAUGAGAUAUCACAAUUUCUUGAUGCACGGUGGGUUUGUUCACAAGAAGCACUAUGGAAGAUUUUUAAGUUUCCGGUUCAUAAUAUUUGGUCCUUUGUUCAAGUAUAUAUACAAAGGACCUGACAUGAUUUCCUUUUAGAUUUGCAGACCAUUCGACAAGAAUGAUGAGAUAUCACAAUUUCUUGAUGCACGGUGGGUUUGUUCACA